GCCUGCGCGCGGUGACCCGACGGCAGUGUGGCGCCAUGGCGUCGCCCUUCAGCGGGGCCGUGCAGCUGACGGACCUGGACGACUUCAUCGCGCCGUCUCAGGACUGCAUCAAGCCUGUGAAGGUGGAUAAGAAGCUGGGAAGCGGCGGGGCCAAGAUCUACAUCGAAGAUGAUGGGAAUUACUUCCAAGUCAAUGCGGACGGAGGGACGAGGAAGCUGGAGAAGGCCAAGAUCUCGCUGGAUGACUGCCUGGCGUGCAGCGGCUGUGUCACCUCGGCGGAGACCGUGCUCAUCACUCAGCAGAGCCACGAGGAGCUGCGGAAGGUUCUAGACGCCAAUAAGACGGCAGUGCCUGGUCAGCAGAGGCUGGUUGUCAUCUCGGUCUCACCCCAGUCCCGAGCGUCGCUGGCUGUGAGGUUUCAGCUGAACCCCACAGACACUGCCAGGCAGCUCACUGCGUUCUUUAAAAGCAUAGGGGCACACUACGUGUUUGACACCGCCUUCUCGAGGAACUUCAGCCUCCUUGAGAGCCAGCGAGAGUUCGUGCGGCGAUUCCGAGGACAGGCCGGCUCCCAGCAGGCCCUGCCCGUGCUCACGUCCGCCUGUCCAGGCUGGAUCUGCUACGCCGAGAAGACCCACGGGCACGCCCUCCUCCCGCACAUCAGCACCGCCCGGUCCCCGCAGCAGGUCAUGGGCGCCCUGGUCAAGGACUUCUUUGCGCAGCAGCAGCAUCUGACCCCCGACAAGAUCUACCACGUGGCAGUGAUGCCCUGUCACGACAAGAAGCUGGAAGCCUCCAGACCCGACUUCUUCAGCCAGGAGCACCAGACACGCGACGUGGAUUGUGUCAUCACAACAGGAGAGGUCCUCAAGCUGCUGGAAGAAGAAGGGGUCUCGCUGUCCGCGCUGGAGCCGGCUCCCCUGGACAGUCUGUGCAGCACUGUGUCCGACCAGGAGCCCACCAGCCAUCGGGGUGGAGGCUCAGGGGGCUACCUGGAGCACGUGUUCCGCUACGCGGCCCGGGAGCUCUUUGGAAUCCACGUCACCGAGGUCACCUACAGACCCCUGAGGCACCAUGCCCCACCUAGGAGGGAGCCUGGGCACGCCACAAGGACAGCCCGCUUUGCGUCCCCUCAGGAACAAGGACCUCCAGGAGGUGACUCUGGAGCGGGAGGGCCAGGUCCUGCUGCACUUUGCUGCAGCCUACGGCUUCCGCAACAUCCAAAACCUGGUGCAGAAGCUCAAGCGAGGGCGUUGCCCAUACCAUUAUGUGGAGGUCAUGGCCUGCCCUGCCGGCUGCCUGAAUGGCGGAGGCCAGCUCAAGGCCCCCGACACGCCUGGCAGGGAGCUGCUCCAGCAGGUGGAGAGGCUGUACACCAUGGUCAGGACACAGGCGCCGGAGGACACGCCCGGGGUCCAGGAGUUGUACAGGUGCUGGCUACAGGGCGAGGGCUCGGAGCGGGCCAGCCAGCUGCUGCACACAAGCUACCAUGCGGUGGAGAAGGCUGGCUCCAGCCUCAACAUCAAGUGGUGACGCCCAGGAAGGCGCGUGGGGUCCAGGGGAGCCACACCCGCGGCCCCAGGACACACCCGCAAGAUGCUGGCUGAGCUGCAGGAACACGGACCUGUGGAGAAAGGGGACUCCAGGCUCCCGGCCCGCAAAGACGACCAGCCUCCGCUCACCUGGUCUCCGCGCUAUAGGGCCCGGAGGUUCCACAGACUUCCAGAACCUCUCCUUGGGCCCAGAGCCAAGGCUGGUGCUCUGGCUCCUCCUGGUUGUGACAGCUAAGCUGUGAGGGCUUCCACUAGACCUGUGGGGAACUUAAGGCAGAGCAAAAGGGGGUUCCUCAUCCCCCCCUUCUAGAGUCUGAAGCUGCUAUGUGACGGCGGUGGCAGAAACAAGGUGCCAGCUGGCCAAGCUCACAGCAGAGCCGCAGAGGGCACUGGCCCAUGAGCCCACUGGGUGGCGGGGGGGAGCGUCCCCUCCACCCAGGCCAGGGGGUUGAUGUAGCUGCAUUUGUGGGGGGCUGAGUCCAGGUGGGAAGCAGGCUCUGAAGGGACCAGGCUUCAGGAGUCUGUCCACCAGGUCCUAUUCAUGGCUGGAGCCCCACUUAUAGGAGCAGGGGGAGGGCAGGCGGGUUCCAGGCCUGUCCUGGGGAAGCUCACCUCCAGUAAAAGGACCCCUCAAAUGGUC